AUGGCCAAGGCAGAGCUCAUCGACGAACAUGUCUCUCUUAAGCAGUGCAAACUUGCUGUCGAGGCGCUGCAGAAGCACAAUACCAAAAAGGAGAAGGAGCUCGAGGAGACGCAGCUCCUGGCCGGCAAGGAGCAGCACAUCUGGCUGCAGAUCACCGUCAAGAGGAUGCACACCGAAAAGAAAAUCAAGCCCGUCAAAGUCCCGAUCAAGCACCCCAUCGUGGACCCGCGCACGUCCCCCGUCUGCCUCAUAUCAAAGGACCCGCAGCGGGAGUACAAGGACCUCCUCGCGUCGCACGGCAUCAAGUUCGUGUCGCGCGUCGUGGGCAUCGAGAAGCUCAAGGGCAAGUUCAAGUCGUUCGAGGCGCGGCGCAUGCUGCUCAGGGAGAACGACCUCUUCCUCGCGGACGAGCGUGUGAUCCCGCUGCUGCCCAAGCUCCUGGGGAAGAAGUGGUUCGAUGCCAAGAAGCAGCCUAUACCGGUGUGCAUGACCCGCAAGGACCUCAAGGCGGAGCUCGAGCGCGCCAUCGAGUCGACAUACAUGCACCAAAACAGGGGCACCUGCACCUCUGUCAAAAUCGGCCGUGCCCAGCAGUCCGCCGCGCACAUCCUCGACAACCUCAAGCUCGCAGUGCCAGGCAUCGUGAAGAACAUUAAAGACGGCUGGGAAAAUAUACAGAGUUUAUAUCUGAAAACGAACUCGUCUGUUAGCCUGCCAAUAUGGUCGUGUGACCUUGGCGACGGUGAGGGUGGCCGAUGGGACGGUGUCACGGUCGAGGAUACUGCGCCUGAAGUCGAGGAGGGCGAAGGCGAAGGUGCGGAAGCGGAGGCUCCAAAGCCGACUCCCCGAGCGUCGAAGGAGAAAGAGAAGAAGAAACGUGCGCUCGAUACGGCUGGAGAGGAUACGAAGCCGAAGAAGAAGGCUAAGUCUGCGGUCGAGCCGCAGCCGACACCACCAAAAGAUGUGGUCGCCGAGACAUCGACAAAGCCGAGCUCGAAGAAAGCCAAAAAGUCGAAAGACAGGUAA